AUGACUCAUGAUUUCUGUUCUCAGACCAAGGGGACUUCCGUUGGCUGGGUUCGUUUUUCCUUCUCGCAGACUGGAAUUAAAACCAAGGCACAUGCAACUCUGUGCAUCCCUUUCCGCAGAGCGUUGCAGAAUGGGCCGUGCGUGAGCCGAGGUCGGAGAGAAGGGGGUGGACCGCUAAGGGGAUGCGAUUUAGGGCGGCCCCUAGCACCCUCCCAGCGGGAGACAGGUGUGGAAGCAAAGUGCAAGGGCGCUGUGGAGGCUCCUGUUUCUUUAUGCUAUAGUAAAUUAAAUGUGUUUGUGUUUUCAGGUAUAUGGGACAGGUUGCUCAUCAACUCCAAGCCUAAUUCCAAGAAGAAUUCCACUCUUCAAACAGUUCGGAUAGAGAGGAGUCCCUUAUUGGACCAAGUACAGUCCUUUCUCCCACAGAUGGCCCAGGCAAAUGAAAAGCUAAGAAAAGAAAUUGCAGCUGCACCACCUGGUCGUUUCAAUAUUGAAAAUAUUGAUGAGACUCUUGGAGAAGUUAUACAAAUGGAUGUGGCCUUGUUUGAGAUGAAUCAAUCUGAUUCAAAAGAAGAGGACAGUUCAGAAGAGAGUUCACAAGACAGUUCAGAGGACGGUUCAGAAUCCGAGGACGAAGAUGACAGCAGCGAUUCUGAAGUCACCAUAGACAACAUUAAGCUUCCUCAUUCAGAAGAUGGAAAAGGCAAGAUAGAGGUUUUGGACAGUCCUGCCAGUGAAAGAAAAGAAAUAGUGAAAUAAAUGGUCUAAGAAUCAGGUGAUCUAGGCCUGCUAAUUCUGUGAAAAA